AUGUCCAUUUCAGACAUUCAGCAGCUGUUGGUGCGCGAAGAAGAGUUUCCCUCUGAGAAGCAGGAGAGGAGCUGCAGUCUGGACCUAGACCAGGAACAGGACGACUCACAGCUUCAUCAAACACAAACUGAACAGAUGGAAACAGAAGCUGAUGGAGAGGACUGUGGAGGACCAGAACGAGACAGGAACUCUGAUCAAGAGACACAUUUGCAACCUGAUUCUCACGACGAGCCUGCACACUCUUCUGAACCUGAGACUGAUAACAGUGCCGAUUGGAAGGAGACCAGAGAACCUCAGUCAGGUUUAAACUGUUUAAAAAAAGAUGGAGGUCCUGUCAGAGAUUCCUCAUUUCGUCCUGGUGAGAAACGAUUUAGCUACUCUGAGUGUGAGAAAAGAUUUGACUUCAAGCUCAAUCUUGAGAGACACAUGAGACUUCACACAGGAGGGAAACCUUUCAGCUGCUCAGUUUGUAAGAAAUUUUUUACACAGAGUGGAUAUUUAAAGUUACACAUGAGAUUCCACACAGGAGAGAGACCUUUCAGCUGCUCAGUUUGUAAGAAUACUUUUACAGGGAGUGGAAAUUUAAAGUCACACAUGAGACUCCACACAGGAGAGAAACCUUUCAGCUGCUCAGUUUGUGAGAAAACUUUUACAUGGAGUUCAACUUUAAAGUCACACAUGACACUCCACACAAGAGAGAAACCUUUCAGCUGCUCAGUUUGUAAGAAAACUUUUACACAGAGUGUGUAUUUAAAGAAACAGUCCUGUACUACGAAGAAGGAUUUGAGGGUCAGUGAGGUAACCUGA